CAGUGCUGACCACGCCUCUUUGUUAAUAGUGGUUGACUGACUUGACUCUCGUCCCUCUGGUUGACUGGUUCUUUGCUCGCUUUGUCUUGCUUUUAAUAAUGUCGGAACCAUCCAUUCUGACCGUGUUGCUCUCUUUGAGUUCAGGAGAGACAUUUGAAGAUAUACCAGUGACAGAUUUGGAAGUAACACUGGGUGAAUUCCUUGACGUUUCUCUAAAGGCGUUGGAAGGAGAUUGUAAAAUAACUUUACCAGAAACUGAUAGUGACUUAAUUGAUACUCAAGACUUUCAUGUCUUUUCAGUUGAUAAAUCAGAGGAAUUUUCACUCUCUACUCAGCUUAAGAAUAUUUCCUAUAUAAGCACAGCUUCUCUGAAAGAUCCACCUACUUUGUUCCUUGAAUCUUCCAUUUUUCGCUCCGCCAUUGAAGUUGACAUUGACUCUCGAAUCAAGAGAAGAAGAGAAACAAUUGGUAGUAGUGUGAAAAAUAGUGCUCCCUAUCCUCCUGUUCGUUCACUCUCCCUUAGUUCUAAGGGAAUGAGUUCAGAGCAUAUGAUAUUUCUUGCUGGUAGGAAGGAAUAUGACAAUAAUAUGUCACAGCGCAUGUAUGGUUCAACUGAUGUAAUGUCUUUAAGUGAAGGCACUAGUUCACUUAAUUUGCCUGAAGAAUCUCUUCAAAGAGUUUUUUCUAAUUCUAUGUCAAUGAUUGACGAAACUGGUUCUAUUCAGUCGUAUGGAUCAGAAGCAUCUGAAGUUUUGAGUAGGAAACUUGGUGGAAAAGAUGGACUACAUGAUUCUGAUGCAUUUAGUCAUGGGGGUGAAAGCAGUCAGGAAAGUGAAGUACAACAUCCUCCAAGGGUAUACAUAAGACAUAGCACAUGUGAUGAAGAGCAAGAGACAGUUGUCAAAACUUCUGGUGUGGAUGAUAAUAAUCUUUUACCUACUUGUGAAGAAAACACUCCUCCUGAUACUCCUGCAAAACAAUCGUCAGCAUUACGUUCAAGAAAAGUAAAAUUAAGUUCACGUAGAGCCUCAGCAAUGGCAACUCUGAGUCCACUACCUGUCAAUGAUGAUACAGUAUUGAACCUACCAUCACCUCUUUUGAAUGCACAGGGGUCAUUUAAUAGAACUACUUUUAGAGCGAAACGUAAUGGUUCAACUGUGAUUAGCCCACAGCAUACCAAGGUUUAUGGUAGCAUCAAAUUGUUUGUUGUUGAUUUUGAUAUAGUGGUUGCUAAUAUCAUUCUUACUAUGGAUAUCAGAGGUGAUAACACUGUUACUCAAAUCAAGCAAUCUCUUUGGAGACUCCUGAGGGAUGAAGGCCAUGUUACCCAAGAAUGUGAUUCUCUGUGGGAUCCUGAGAAGUUUACCCUGACAUAUGAAAUGAAUUCUAGUGUAUAUGAGCUGUAUGAUGAGCAGCAAAUAUUUCAAACAACAACUGUGGCUCAACUUUGGCGUCAGGAAAAACGACAGAAAGGUCAACUAUCUGUGGUGACAAAAAGAGCUGAGAGCAAGGAAGAGAAGACCUUGAACAUGGCCAUUAGCUCAAUGAUUGGCAUUGGACUCUAUCAGCUACAGUUUGCUAAUAAUGAUGAGCUAGAUAUUACUAGAAGAAAGAUGGUUGCUGAGCGUCAGAAGGCUGUUCAGCAGCGAGAUCCAGCUAUGUAUUCAAUGGAAGUAGAAGUCCAAUUUACUCCUUUGCCACCACAUGUGAAGGCUAUGAUUGGUGAAGAGAAUAAGUUGCUUGUAAAAGUUUAUUAUGAAAGUGGAGCCUCUCAGACGUUUCAAGUAGAUGUCAAUACAGUUGCUGAUGACUUUUUACCAACCGUAUUUCCCACUGAACCACACAAGAGAAAAAGAUUAGGUUUACCAGAGCAUUGCAACAUCAGUGACUAUGUUUUGAAAGUUGCUGGAAGGAGCUCUUUCAUUCAUGGAAAUUUUGAACUGAUAGAUUUUUCACCAAUUGUAAAAGCACUAAGCAAACGACGGGACAUAGUAUUAGCUCUUGUAAGAAGGUCUGACCCAAAGGAUGAUCUACCACAGCAUUUCCCUGAUUGGGACUUGAUUGAUGAAUCUACUGGACUAACUGGUACACAUGAAGAGUUGUCAGCUCUUGGUAAAGAACACUCUCAAGUGUUUACAAUGUCAAUGUGGGAUUUACAGCAUAAAUUCAGAGUGAGAAUUUUGGGUCUUGAUAAUUUACGGGAUUGUUCUCCUGAUUUUGAUGUUAUUUAUGUUGAUGUGGCUGUUUUCCAUGGUGGUGAAGAACUUUGCCGAACUCUCUCUACACAUGAAAUUACUGCAUGUAAAUAUCCCCGUUGGAACCAGUGGCUGGUUUUUAAUAUUGCAGUUAAGAAUUUACCAAAAGCUGCAAGGCUCUGUUUUGCUGUCAGUGGUGGAGUUCGUCGUAAUGACAGCCGAAAGCGUUCAAGUACUUGGAGUAAGAAGGAUUUUGUAAAGCAGAAUACCCUCAGGGGAGACAACAUUCAAGCUGACCGCCCACUUCAUUGGGUUAACAUGCAAAUCCUGGAUCACAGAGCCUUGUUAAGGCAAGGUGUGCUUCGUCUUAAUCUUUGGCCUUAUAGUACAUCUGGUGGUGAGGGACGUUGGGGAGGAAUGUCUCCUGUUGGAUCUACUGCUGUUAAUCCUGAUGGAAAUACAGCAGCUGUUCUUUUUAUUGAAUUAGAUACAUACCUACAUCCUGUUGCAUGUCCCACUGAGGGUUGGGGAGAUGAAGAAAUCAGUCAAGUUAAUCAGCCCCACAAAGAGAGCUCUCCUUUCAGAAGUGAACUUGAAAAGUCAAUAUCAAGUGAUCCUUUGGCUAAUUUAGACAAGGUUGAAAAGGAGUUAUUAUGGAAGUUUAGGUAUCAGUUGACUAAUAGCCCAGAGGCUCUUCCAAAAUUCUUGCAAUGUGUUGAUUGGGCUAGUCUAGAACAAGUUACUGAAACUCAUAAGCUGUUACAGUUGUGGUCACCUAUUACAAUGGAAGUUGGCCUUGAGUUAUUGGAUUAUCAUUUUGCGGAUGAGAAGGUACGAACAAUGGCUGUUGCAAGAUUGUCGAGACUGACUAAUGAUGAAGUGUUAGUGUUCUUACUGCAAUUAGUUCAGGUACUGAAAUUUGAGCCUUAUCAUGAUAGUGCCCUUGCUAGAUUUCUUUUAAAGAGGGCUCUUUUGAGUAAACGAAUUGGUCAUUUUUUCUUCUGGUACCUUCGAUCUGAGAUGGAUUCUCCACAGUUUUCACAACGGUUUGGUAUUUUACUGGAAGCCUUUUUAAAGGGAUGUGGCAAAAAUAUAUUCAUUGAAUUGCAGAAACAACAUCAAGCUGUACAGGAUAUUAUGUCUAUUGCAUCAGGACUGAAGAAACAUAUGGAGAAGCAUAAAGGUAGUGCUACAGACUAUGCUAAGGCUGAUCUUAGUCAGCAAAAUUUACCAGAAUAUUUUGCUCCUCCAUUUGAUCCAAGUCUACGAAUGGGAAAUUUACAAGUUGAAAAGUGUCGCGUUAUGGACUCAAAGAAGACCCCUUUGUGGCUUGAAUUUAUGAAUAUGGAUCCAUCGUCGACUACACAGAAACCUAUUAAAGUGAUAGCUAAACAUGGUGAUGACUUGCGACAGGACAUGCUUACAUUGCAGAUGUUAACAAUAAUGGACUCUUUAUGGCAAAGCGAAGGGCUUGAUUUGUACAUCAUUCCAUAUGGUUGUGUUGCGACUGGAAAUGAAAUGGGAAUGAUUGAAGUUGUCCAGGAUGCUGAGACUGUUGCUAAGAUACAACUUCAUCAUGGAGGGAGUUUUUCUACUUUGAAGGAUGAGCCAUUGUAUGAAUGGUUAAAAAAGAAGAAUCCAAACCCUAAACAUUUUGAGCAAGCUAUUGAGCGUUUUGUUUAUUCUUGUGCUGGCUAUUGCGUGGCAACUUAUGUCCUUGGAAUUGGUGAUCGUCAUAAUGAUAACAUAAUGUUGACUGUCAGUGGUAACUUGUUUCAUAUUGAUUUUGGACAUUUUUUGGGCAAUACAAAAGCAUUUUUGGGAGUUAAUCGUGACAGAGCCCCUUUUGUUCUGACACCUGAUUUUGAAUAUGUUUUAGGCAAAAGGACAUCAGAAAAUUUUAAGAAAUUUGAAGAAAUUGCUGUUAGAGCAUAUCUUAUCAUUCGGAAAAAUGCUAAUCUGUUCAUCAACUUAUUUUCUAUGAUGAAAUGUACAGGCAUUCCAGAGCUCCGUAGUGUGGAAGAUUUAGAUUAUUUAAAGAGUGUACUUGUGCUUGGAAAGAAUGAAGAGCAAGCUGCUGAUCAUUUUCGACAACAGAUUCAAAAAUGUUUAAGGUUGCAGUGGAGCACUCAAUUGAGUUGGUUAGCCCAUAACUGGGUUCAUCGAUAACUUUAUUAUUAUUAUAAUUAAUGUUCAAAUGUCUUUUUAUCUUGUUUUUAAUUGUGAGAAAUCAAUGAGAACCAUUGCAUUAUUUUAGCAUCAUUAUGAUUAUUCUGUGUUGAUUUAAUAGAAACUGUAAAUUGAA